AGGAGGAGAGACAAUCUAUGUUCUUGAACACCCCCCCCCUACCUCCCUCACACAGAGCUUUUUGGUUUUAAGAAGCACCGAAGAUCAUGAAGCUUGUCUUAGCUGCUUUCCUGCAAUGGGUUUUGUUUGAAGAACUCCUGAGGAAGAGUGCUUGCACCAAGUGGACAGCCCAGCUACCAGAGACCAUAUCAGCGGUAGAAGGGUCUUGCGUAGUUAUCCCCUGUGCAUUUACAUACCCCAAAGGCGUGGAAGCAUCCAUCACAGCAGUCUGGUACACUAGUAAAAACAUAUUUCAGAGCCUCGUAGUGUACAACGUGGAUCCACUGCAGGUAGACGCUCGUUUCCUUGGGCGAGCGUUUCUGAUUGGGAACCUGACGUCUGGCGAUUGCGCUCUGAAGAUCGACAAAGUGAAGACAGCUGAUGGGAAACGUUAUUACAUCUCGUUCCACGCAGAAGGACAGACGUUCAAGUUACACGAUCAAAUGGUCACACUUGCUGUUAUGAAGACCCCAGAGAAACCCCGUAUAAGUAACCCUGGUGUCUUAACAGAGGGACAGCCUGUCACUGUGAACUGCACGACAGAAUACACCUGCCCUUCGAACCCUCCUACUGUACACUGGGGUGGAGUCAAUGGAACAGUCAUCCUCCAAUACACAGCCAAACAGCAGGUCACAUGGGCGGUGACCUCCUCAAUCAAGUUCACGCCCUCCUCCCGAGACAGUCAGAUACAAUGCCAGGUGACGUAUCCUGGAAGGAACAAUGCAACGGAGCACAGACCCUUACACGUCAAGUACGCUCCUAAAGUCACAGAGAUUCUUGUCUGGACUCGCGAUAUUACAGAAGGCUCCUCAGUCUCAAUGUCCUGCAGCAGUAAAGGAGACCCGCCCAUUUCCAGAUACAACUGGUUUUUGGUCCAGGGUGGUCAGACAGUCGACCUGGAGCGACACACAGAGAAGGUUCGAGUCCCCAACGUGACACGUGGAGUACAGUUCUACUGCACAGCCGAGAACAAAAUCGGGCAAACCCAAUCUCCUAGGAAAUCCCUAAAUGUAGAAUACAAACCGGAUAUCAUAGGAGAAUCGAAGUGCACCUUCAGCCCUGGAGAGAUGGUCUGCCACUGCCUGGUGAAUUCGAACCCUCCAGCACAGAUCCAGUGGACUGUGAACAGCAGUGCCCAGAGCUUCAAUCACAGUACCUGGAGCAGCGGUAACUGGGUGACUAGUGUCCUGAUCGGAGCACUGCAGGUUCAGACUAACGUUUCCUGCACUGCAUUCAACAAGCACGGAGAAGCUGUGUACAUGCUACCUUUCCACGUCAAAGAGAGCCUGCUAUGGAAGAUUGUUCCUGCUGUUGGAGGGCUGGCCUUCCUGCUCCUGCUCCUCAUAGCAAUAACCGUGUUUUGCUGUAGGAAGAGAAGGGGCAGGCACUUUAUACAUCAACCAAGAAUGUACAGUCUUGGUGGCACAAGCAUAUACCAAGAAAGCAGCCCUCUGUACAUGAACUGCACAGAGGCCAACCCCGUUUAUACCAAUGGGAGCUACCAAAUCUUGUAUGAAAACUGCACGCCUAGUUUCGUACGCACACAGCAGCAUAGAAGAGCUGCCUGGAGACACAGAGAGGUGAGAGAAGGAAACGUGAGUGCCACGGAGUGCCCUGUGUAUCUGGAAGUGCUCUAAAUCACAAAAAGUACGGAAGAACCAUCAACUCCCCAUUUACGUGCCUACUGGUAGGACAUCCAUAUUUUAGACCGGGCAGGCCGAUCAAGAUGACAAUCCAGACACAAGCCCUGUGGAACUCCUGACUGUCUUCGUUUUUUUUCUUCUAAUCCUUUUUCCAAAUCCAUAUUUACACCAAAUGUACCAUUAUAAAUACUACUCAAUAUUUUACCUUAAAAUACAACACCUUGACACCAAGGUCAGGUUAGAAAAACCUGACUUCAACCUCAGGGUCUGGUACUUUGGCCUGUGCUGUCAGUUGCGUAUCUAGUAAAGAGCCUCUAUUCGAAUGGUGUGAUAGAAAAUCUAAAAUGUACUAAAAAGCCAUUAUUGAUCACUGGCAUGUAAAUAGUUUCAACUUUUCUGUGUUCCAUUGCUACGUUCUUAUGCUUCUCAAUAAUAGUAUAUUCAGAAUCUGUACGCCUGUGUUGUGUCAUGUAGACCAAUGUUUCUCAACCCUGGUCCUGGGGACUCCUGUGUCUGCAGGUUUUCAUUCUAACUGAGCUCUGUUACUUAACUAAACCCUUCACUGAACUG